UUUUUCAUUCAGACACCUCUGAAUUCCCUCCUUCCCCAUUUCAAAACCCUAACCCUAGUUUCUCGUAGAGAAAAAAAUGUUGGAACUACGUCUUGUUCAGGGAAGUCUGCUCAAGAAAGUUCUAGAAUCGAUCAAGGAUCUGGUGAACGAUGCGAACUUUGAUUGUUCCGCCACUGGAUUCUCUCUGCAAGCCAUGGACUCCAGUCACGUGGCUCUGGUGGCGCUACUGCUCCGAUCUGAGGGCUUUGAGCACUACCGCUGUGACCGGAACAUUUCAAUGGGCAUGAACCUUACUAACAUGGCGAAAAUGCUCAAAUGUGCUGGAAAUGAUGACAUCAUCACCAUCAAGGCUGACGAUGGCAGUGACACUGUAACUUUCAUGUUUGAAAGCCCCACCCAAGACAAGAUUGCUGAUUUUGAGAUGAAGUUAAUGGACAUUGACAGUGAGCAUCUUGGGAUUCCUGAAGCAGAGUACCAUGCUAUUGUUAGAAUGCCUUCGGCUGAGUUUGGUAGAAUUUGCAAAGACCUUAGCAGCAUUGGAGAUACAGUUGUUAUUUCGGUGACAAAGGAAGGUGUAAAAUUCUCAACCAGAGGUGACAUUGGUACUGCAAAUAUUGUUUGCAGGCAAAAUACAACUGUUGACAAGCCUGAAGAAGCCACUGUUAUAGAGAUGAAUGAGCCAGUGUCAUUGACAUUUGCCCUAAGAUACUUGAACUCCUUUACAAAAGCAUCUCCAUUGUCGAACACAGUGACCAUCAGCUUGUCUUCAGAGCUUCCUGUUGUUGUUGAGUACAAGAUUGCUGAGAUGGGCUAUGUAAGGUAUUACCUGGCACCUAAGAUAGAAGAGGAUGAAGAGGAAACGAAGCCUUGAUUUUAUGUUUUUGUUUUCUUAUGGUGUAGGCUCAUUUGAGUCUUUCAGGCAAGCAAUAUGUAGCUUUAGCUUAGACUGGCAAGACAAAUUUUCAAAUUUGUGUUCAAUGAAAUCAUGUAUUUUCCUCUUUUGGGGGGUUU